AUGGGGUUCGGCGAGGGCGUGGACGCAUUCGCCUCGGGUGCCGCGCUGUGCCUAGCCGUGGCCGUCACGCUGCUCAAGGAAUCGCUUCCGAAGCGGCCGCGCGGGCUUCGCUUCGUGGACUUCCGCCACCUCAAGGCGGUCGCGACCCUGGCCUGCGGUUGUUCAGCCGCGCUGUUGGUCUCUGGCCUCCUGACUGAUGCAGCCCCCCGCCCGCCGAGCUGGGAGGUGUCUGUCUUGCUGCUGUCCCUGCCGCUGCUUGGCGCCGCCGUCGAGAUCGCGCUCUGGCCGGAAGAGUCGAUGGAACCGUGGUGGGCGGCGCUCCCGCUCGUGUCAGCAACGGCAGUCGUCGCGGGCAGACGCGCCGUGGUGCUGGCGGCACAGGAGCACCGCCACGACCUCCCGAGCCCGGCACCGCUGGCGCUGAACGCAGCCUGCGCGACCGUCGCGCUCACCGGGCUCGCCGUCAUCGCCGUGGAGCUGUUCGCCACGCCGGCGCUUCCACAGGGCAACACCGAGCCGCUGCUGCCCGAGAACGAGGAAGGUCGCCAAGGCUGGCGCGCGUUCAAGCGUCCGAAGCGCACGAUACCGCUUCGCGUGCUCUUCGGCCGCGCGCUGCGCUUCGCCACCCCGCGCACCGCGUCCCUCCAGCUCGCCGCGCUCACCUCGCUGCUCCUGGUGGGCGUGUCGCGCGUCAUCAACGUCCUCCUGCCGCAGAUCUACGCGCACAUCGUCGACGCCGUCGCCGCGCUGUCCCACGGCGGCACGCCCCCCCCCUCGGCGCACCUGACCGCAAUAUUUCCCCCCUGGCAGCCGCUCGGCGCACUCGUCGCGGCGUACCUCGGGCUGCUGGCGCUGCAGGGCGGCGCGCUGUCCGGCACGGGCCUCAUCACGAACGCGCGGACCGUCCUGUGGCUGCCCAUCAACCAGGCCAGCACGCGGCUCGUGUGGCAGCACAUCCUCGACCAGUCGCUGGACCUGGACCUGGACUUCCACCUCGCGAAGAAGACCGGGGAGCUCCUGCGCACGAUGGAGCGCGGCGCCUCGUCCCUCCAGACCGUCCUCUCCGCGCUCGUGUUCAACCUGGGCCCCGCGAUGCUGGACCUGGUGGUCGGGUGCGCCUACAUGGCCGUGGCGCUCGACCGCUGGAUCGCGCUGAUCGCGUUCGCGACGCUCGCGUCGUACCUGCCGCUGACGGUCACGGUGACGGAGUGGCGCACCGCCAUCCGCCGGGAGAUGAACCAGCUCGACAACCAGCGCUCGGGGGUGGUGACCGAGUGUGUGCAGAGCUGGGAGACGGUGAAGCUGUUCACGGCCGAGGACCGCGAGCGGACGCGGUACUUCGACAUCCUGGGGAAGUUCCAGGCCGCGGAGCGCCGCAUGCAGUGGUCGCUGGCGGCGCUGAACGCCAUGCAGCUGGUGAUCGUGCUCUCCGGCGUCGCGUGCGGGCUCGUGCUGUGCGCGGACCGCGCGAUGCGCGGCGAGCUCACCGCGGGCGGGCUCGUCCUGUUUCUCACCCUCAUGGCACAAAUGUGCACGCCCCUGUCCUGGCUGGGGAGCUACUGGCGGAUGCUCGUGCGGAACCUGACGGACCUGGAGUCGCUCGUGACGUUCCUGGACGCGCGGCCGGGCGUGGCGGACGCCCCGGGCGCGCACCACCUCGUGCUGAAGAGCAACAGUUCGGUGGAGUUUGCCGACGUGUCGUUCGCGUACCGGCCGCGCGUCGCGGCAGGCGGGGCGCGGGCGGCGCCAAGCAGCACCGAGGCGGCGGCGGACGGCGCAGAGGCCGUCCCGACCGCGCUGCAGGGGGUGUCGUUCGUGAUCGACAGCGGGCAGAAGCUGGCGCUCGUCGGACACACGGGCGCGGGGAAGAGCAGCGUGCUGCGGCUCCUGUGCCGGUUCUACGACCCCACGCGCGGCGUGGUCAAGGUCGGGGGCACGGACGUGCGGUGCGUGACGCAGGCGUCGCUGCGCGCGCACAUCGGUGUGGUGCCGCAGGACACGGUGCUGUUCCACGCCUCCAUCCUGGAGAACAUCCGGUACGGGCGGCCGGACGCGACGGACGCCGAGUGCGUGGCGGCGGCGGAGGCGGCGGCGCUGCGGGCGCACGUGGAGUCGCGGCUGCCGGAGGGCUGGGCCACAGUGGUCGGGGAGCGGGGGCUGCGGCUGUCGGGCGGCGAGAAGCAGCGCGUGGCGUUCGCGCGCGCGGUGCUGAAGCGCGCCCGCGUGCUCGUGCUGGACGAGGCCACCAGCGCGCUGGACUCCGUGACCGAGCGACAGAUCCAGGACGCGCUGGAGGCGCUCGAGCCGCGGCCGACGCAGGUGGUGGUGGCGCACAGGCUGUCGACGGUAUCCAGCGCGGACACGAUCCUCGUGCUGGACCACGGGCGCGUGGUGCAGCGCGGGUCGCACGGCGAGCUGGUGGCGCAGGCGGGGAUCUACGGCGACAUGUGGGCGCGCCAGCUGCACGCGGGCACCAGCAGCGAAUGGGCCGAGGGACGACGGAGCGGCGGCGGCGGCGACAGCGACCGCACCGACGACUGA